AUGGCUGUCAUCCCCAGAAGUAAAACUGGCGGAAAAGCACUCGAAAAAUCGGCUUCUGAACAUGAAACAAGUGGUUUAGCAAAAAAAGCCCACAAUGAAUCACAACCGAAAACUAAAAGGCCUGAUGCAACUCGUAAUCAGCAUUAUGCUAAGAAAUACCAAACUGCCUACAAAAAAGAAUUAAUGAACCAGUUAAGGGAUACUGACAGUGAUUUAGAUGAAGGACCUCUGCAUCAACUUGAAGAUGACACUCUUUAUGCUGGAUCCGUUAACAAUUUUCAAGAUUUAAGGUCUUUGAAUCCAGAUGCUUAUAAGGGUUUCACAUUCAGUAACACUUCUUGCAUUUUACCAGUUGAGGAACAGAAAGAGAAAAUUCUUAACACAAUUGAAAGUAAUCAAGUGACUGUAAUCCAGGGUCCCACUGGAUCAGGAAAGACAACUCAUGUACCACAAAUCAUUCUGGAUUAUUAUGCAUCUCGUAACCAAUAUUGUAACAUUGUAGUCACUCAACCCCGAAGAAUUGCUGCCAUCAGUAUUGCCAAGAGGGUAUGCCAAGAACGGCGCUGGCAGAUGGGUACAUUCUGUGGAUAUCAGGUUGGAAUGGAUCGACAAGUGAAUCCCAACACUUGCCUGACUUAUGUCACAACUGGUGUUCUUUUACAGAAACUAAUUAACUUGAAAGAAAUGAACAACUAUACUCAUGUCAUUUUGGAUGAGAUUCAUGAAAGAGAUCAAGAUACAGAUUUCUGCAUUUUGGUUGUACGUAAAUUGUUACGCAGCAAUUCAAGAGGUGUGCGGGUUGUACUUAUGUCUGCUACUCUCGACGUGGAUAGGUUUGCUAAUUAUUUUGCUCAACCACUUGGUGAAGUAUUUGAACCUGCGCCUGUCAUUUCCGUGGAUGGUAGUAUAUUCAGUGUCUCUGAAUAUUAUAUUGAAGAUCUUAGCCAGCUAGGACCGUUACCUAGGUUGGACCCUGAAAAUCCUCAUAUAACUGAAGAGGCUCAGAACUUAGCAAUUAAAUUGAUCCAACAUUUUGAUAAGUUGGAAUCUAAGGAACAAGGAGAUAAAUAUUUUGACUCUGCUGUGCAUGGGACUGUCUUGAUCUUUCUGCCUGGUUUGGUGGAUAUUGACAAUUUAUAUGAUAAGUUAAGAGAAUUGUCCAUCAGGCACAGGUUGUUUGUCAUUCCCUUACAUUCUUCAGUUACCAUUGAAGAACAAAACAGAGUGUUUCAGCCAACGCCUGAAGGUCACCGUAAGGUUAGACAUUGCCUCAAAUAUUGA